AUGGCGUGGCACGCAGGGAUGCGUGCAAGGCCGUUUCACACCUCGCGUUCCGUCUUGGCGCUCGAUUUUUAUGCGAUACUACGUAUUCCACGCAAUGCAUCCAAGGCGCAGGUCAAGAGCCAGUUUUAUAAGCUAUCGAAGCAGUACCACCCCGACGUGAGCAAGUCUGAAGAAGGCAAGAUGUCGUUCCAGCAAGUGAGUGAGGCAUACGCCACAUUGAGCAACGACAGGAAACGACGUGAAUAUGAUCAGAAAAUAGCAUUUGAGGCGCGCGGCAGCACCGCCCCGGCGUACGAUCCCGGAGACGCGAUGCGGCGCCGCACAACCGCCAACUAUGCAUGGGAAUAUACGACACGCAUGAAGAAAGAAGCAGGCAAGAACCACACACCGCAUGGUGCACAGCAGUAUGCACCGCCGCCACAAGCGCCGGGGAGCGCCGCACACCAUUUCACGCGCAUGGCCGAGCGCGAAGCGCGGCGCGAAGAGGCGCGGGCGCGAUCGCCGUACAGCGGAUCCAGCUUUAACCCCCACGCCAACCCCGAUAGUUUCCGUUCCUGGAGUCACCGCCGCUGGGGCGAGGAGGGACGCCAGGCUGAACUGAUCAAUCCCAUGGUGCGCUUCCUCCAAGUGGCAGCCGUCUUUGGUGGCGCCGUGUGGCUGAGCACCAAGAUACUCAGUUAA